GACUGUUCAGUCUGAUCCCGCUGAGGUUUGACACGCGGAGGACUUUAGGACCCGGAGAGGCCUCAGGCAGGAGGAGGGUCUGAGGGGCGGAGCAUCAAGCUCCCGCACAUCAACACAGUCAGACAGGAAGUCAGAAACAGGUUUGAAGCCUGAGGACCAGGACCGGUACCAGGGCGGGAACUCCCUCCUUCGUGCCUGAAGUUAAGAUGGCGGCUCUGUCUUGUCUCGUCUCUCCAGUCUGACCACACGGUGAAACAAUCGAGAUGUUUUAUUUUGAAGGUGUCAAUCGGAAGUGCGUGUUGUCAUUGCCGCUAACGUGACUGCGUCAGACAGCGUGGAGGGGGCGGGGUUUGUGGACUCGGUGCAGCUGUGGAGCUGCGGGUCAGUCUGGACGGAGCUUCAGGAGGAGCGGCAGCAGGACGGAGCUCAGCCCGACUCUCCGCCUCAGUCUGUCGGAUCUAGUCACUGCUGCGGCCCCGGGGCAUGCUGGGAUUUACCUGCACGUCUACCUGAGAGGAACCCAGAACAUUCCCGGGAUUAAUUUCACCUGUUUGUCUGCAGGAAACCGUUAAACCACCGGUUGAUCCUUGGAGCUACAGAGGAGUCCAGGCUGAGGAUCUGAGACCGGGUCUGUUUAAUCCGGUUCACUAACUUCAGCGGGUCAUUAAACCAGGCGCUUCACACAGGUGAGCGUCUCCAGGUGAUCCCGCUCCGCACCAUGCUGUUAAAACCCCGCGGAUCCUCCGGACCCUGACGCCGCAGACACCCUGAGGUCACACCGGAGAGUCUGACGGAGGACAUGCCGCUGUCCGCCCCCUGCAGGCGGGACACGGAUGGCCGCUGCAGCCGGGACAGAGCGGCGCCGGACGCGGACGCGGCGGAGCGGCUGCGCUCGGUGCGGGAGAGGCUGGAGGCCACCGUGUCCGGACUCGGGGAGCUGGAGUAUCUGCGGCAGCGGCAGGAGGUGCUGGUCCGGGCCGCGCUGGAGCUCCGGGAGGAGGAGGAGGAGGAGGAGGAGGAGGAGCAGCGGCGGAGGGAGGCUCAGCUGAGCUCCGAGGAGAAGCUGCUGGAGGAGAACAUCCUGCUGCUCAGGAAACAGCUGAACUGUCUGAGGAGGAGGGACGCCGGUCUCAUCAGUCAGCUGCAGGAGCUGGACCGACAGAUCAGUGACCUGCGACUGGACACCGAGGCGUCACAUGACCCGCUGGAGACCGACAGCCGACCCAGCUCAGGUUUCUACGAGUUAAGUGACGGGGCGUCCGGCUCUCUCUCGAACUCAUCCAACUCCGUCUUCAGUGAGUGUUUCUGCUCGACGGCGGACACUGACGGACGCCUCCUAUCUACAGAUGAGCUGGCCAGCUGUUUGGAGUGUGACGGUCUGGUUGGAGGAAUUUGUGAUGAUUUGUCUUCUGGUACAGUUCGUCGUUCACUCUCAGCUCCUCACCCCCCCACCCUGGAACCCGUGUCCUUAGCGGCCUCCUGUGAUUCUCAGUCUAAGUACCACUGCGACCUGGUGGCCCGAAACGGCAGUGAUGUGUACCGGUACCCAAGCCCACUGCACGCUGUGGCUGUCCAGAGCCCCGUCUUCCUCCAGAUGUUGGGUCACGGGGGUCACAGCAGAGACGAAGGGCUUCUGAAAGCCAUUGAGGCCGGUGUUGAAUGUCUCAAAGCAGAAUCCUCAUCUGUCACUGCUUCUGUUUCAGCUCCCUUUGUACCUCAGAGCUCCUCUUGGCCGGCCCCUUCUCCUUCUGCCUCCCAAACUCCUUCUCACAAGCAUCUGGACAGCUACAUCUACAGUCUGCUGCAGCGGAGAACCCUGCCCAUCAGGACCAGCAAACCCAGGACCAGCAUCAGCACUGACCCAUCAAAAAGCAUCCUGAGGCAGGCGAGUCUCUGUGUGAAGCAGGUCUCUGGUCUCUCCUCUGGUGCUAGUUUUGGGACUCUGAAGGGCUCUGAACUCAAACCCUCGUGGGCAACAGCAGGAGGAUCAGUAGAAGCUGCUACCACCUCAUCUCCUCAGAGGCAGUGGUCUGUGGAAGGUAAAGGCGAGGAGCAGGAGACUCAAAAUGGCUUCCAUAGUGACAGCAUUGAUACAAUGCACAAUACCUUCAAGAUUAACAACGGUGACGACUUGGCACAAAACCAGAACAGCUCUCCUCUUAGUAACAACAUCCAAAAUGGCUGUUUCUUCACCAACAGGGACGUUAACACAAGCACUAACAGUCUGUUCAAAAGGAAAGGUAAAGGGCUUCUCCCUCCGUCAGCAGUAUCCACUGCGACUCUGCCUAAAGACUUCAGGGAGCUGGGCAGUCCCAAAGCUAACACCACCCCCAAGGAGACCAAGCAGCUGUGUUACCCCCCCAACCAGGAACUGCUCUUCAGAUCACCUCCAAUUGUCAAAACACAAUCAGCUACUCCUAAGAACAGCCCCAACCCUCUCCAAGCCAGCCAGACAGAGAGAGGUGAUGGGUCAGUGCCAGAGCUCGCCAGUCUAGGAUCUUCAUCCCAGAGUCAGGAUGAAGCAGGAGGAGAAGGAAGAGAAGGAGGAUGGAGUCACAUGAUUAACGGCAAAUACAUCCCUGCCCAGGUGCAGAACAUCAAAAUCCACAAGGGUGACAGCAAGAAUGUCAAGACUGUCAAAGUGAAGAGCAACACGACCAUGAAGACGAGUCGUUCCUCUGAACACAGUGACCCUACAGAGAGAAAAGGGGAUAAAUCCCAUCACAGGUCCAGUUCUAAAAAGACCUGGCUACUGGAAGACAGAGGCUGCACCCACGUUAAAGUCUUCAAGAGAGCAGCCGGUGGUGCUCCUGGUGCGUCCUCCUGCAGAGUGAAACGCCUCCCUGCGUCCAUCCCAGAGGGCAGAGUCCUGGACAAACACACCACAUCAAUGCUGAGCAGUGUACGGUCAGGUGUAUCCAAGCACCAUCACCGUGGAAACCACCACCAUCACAGUCACCAUCAUCAUCAUCACUACGGGCGUGACCAGGUUGUAGUCGUUGCCAAACCAAAACACAAACGGAAUGAUUACCGGCAUUUACGUGCAAUCAUGGAGGUCCCGUACGAUGAGGCGUUCAGGCGCACUCAGCGGCGGCAGAAAAAAGAGCUUCUCAGUCAGUCUGCAGCCAGCGUGUACCUCCCCCCUGGAGGGCAGCUGAGCAGCCCAUACUCCUGCGUAGGAGGAAGUGACUCAGAGUAUUCGGCCGAGUGUGCGUCACUCUUUCACUCCACCAUUGUGGACACCAGUGAGGACGAGAGGUCCAACUACACCACCAACUGCUUUGGAGACAGUGAGUCCAGUGAGGAGGACUAUGUGGAGGAGAGCACCACCACCAGUGAUACUGAGGAGAGUGGAGGAGGUGGGGCUGGGACUGGUGGAAUGGGCAGGGGGUGGAGUCACGUAGGGGCACCAGGGGUCAGGGCGAUGGGGCAGCAAAUGACUCCAGCUCAGGGGAAGGCCUUUGUCAAGAUCAAGGCCUCUCACCACCUGAAGAAGAAGAUCCUGAGGUUCAGGUCGGGUUCACUCAAACUCAUGACCACCGUGUGAGUCAGCUGGAGUAAGGCAACCAUCCUGCCACAAUAUCCUGCCAUCACCCUGCCAAACUGGACAAAAGCCAUAUCUGCUGGGGUGCCUUACCAAUGCACUUCUAGUGUAACUGAACUAAACCCAACUAUGAACCAAAUGUAAUGUAAAAACAGACAGGACUGUGGUAGGACAGAUGCUGCAUGGGACACUUAUAAAGUAGAAAAACAUUUUUCUACUGUAACAUUUAAACCAACCCCAAGCCUCUUUAGCCUGAGAAAUCCAAACAUUCAACGUCAUUCAUCUUUGAAAAAGCAUGCAUGACAAUUUUUCAAGCUGAUCCCUGACAAGGAGGUUCAUUUGAUGCCUUCAGCCUUCUGUGUUCAUUAGUCGAGUCCAUCUGAAUGGCUCAGUGUUGUAGUAACCAUGGUUUCAAAAGUAGAAAUUUUCUCACUCUGACACAUAUGUUGGUUUGUCACCUUUCCUCUUGUGUUCUUCAGAACAACAUUUAAAUGCUAAAAAGGGAGGAAUCUUGUGGUGCACAUUUUGGUUGUUAGUGCUCUUACAAGUUACAUAAGUCACUUGAUUGGGAACCAACCAUAUUGUCUAAAUUUACCAUUACAUGGAUCA